CUCUAUGGCGGUGACAAUGGAAGCGGUUGGGCGUCGCUAAUCCCCCCCCCUUUUGCUGGGGGCUCCGCUCCGGGCGGCCCCAUGAGGAGGCGGCGGCCCAGCCGCCAUGGGCUCGCUGAGCAGCCGGGUGCUGCGGCGGCGGGUGGCGCCCCCUCGCGGGGAAGGGGCGGACGGGGACCGGGACCGGGGCAGCCGCGGAGGGAAGAGGAAGCGGGGCGGGUCCGAGGGCCCGGGUGAGAGCGACAGCGACGGGGACGGCGAGCGCGAGGAGCGGCUGCUCAACACCCCCCGCAGGAAAAAACUAAAAAGUACAUCCAAGUAUAUUUAUCAGACUCUGUUUUUGAAUGGUGAAAAUAGUGAUAUUAAGAUCUGUGCUCUGGGAGAGGAGUGGAACUUGCACAAGAUAUAUUUGUGUCAGUCUGGCUACUUUUCCAGUAUGUUCAGUGGUUCUUGGAGGGAGUCUAGCAUGGACAUCAUAGAACUGGAGAUUCCUGAUCAGAAUAUUGAUAUAGAAGCUCUGCAGGUAGCAUUUGGCUCACUCUAUAGAGAUGAUGUUUUAAUAAAGCCCAGUCGUGUUGUUGCCCUCCUAGCAGCAGCCUGCAUGUUGCAGCUGGAUGGUUUAAUACAGCAAUGUGGCGAAACUAUGAAGGAAACAAUUAAUGUGAAAACUGUGUGUGGCUAUUAUAAUUCAGCAGGGACCUAUGGAUUAGACUCUGUGAAGAAAAAGUGCCUUGAAUGGCUUUUGAAUAACCUGAUGACUCACCAGAGUGUUGAGCUCUUCAAAGAACUCAGCAUAAACCUCAUGAAACAGCUGAUCAGCUCUUCUAACCUAUUUGUCAUGCAAGUGGAGAUGGAUGUGUAUACUGCUCUCAAGAAGUGGAUGUUCCUUCAGCUAGUGCCUUCUUGGAAUGGACCACUAAAACAACUUUUAAUUGAAGCUGAUGCCUGGUUUUCCAAGCGUAGAAAAGAUUUUGAGGAUGACAUUGCAUUCUUAGAAUCUGAACAAGGAAGAGCAUUCUUGACAGUAUUCAAACACUUGAGAUUGCAAUACAUCAUCAGUGAUUUGGCAUCAGCAAGCAUUAUUGAGCGAGAUUCUCUAGUACCUUCAGAAUGGCUGUCCUCUGUUUACAAACUGCAGUGGUUUGCCAUGCUCAGAGCAGAACAAGACAAUGAUAUUGGGCCUCAAGAAAUCAAUAAAGAAGAACUUGAAGGAAACAGCAUGAGGUGUGGUAGGAAGCUUGCAAAGGAUGGCGAUUACUGCUGGCGAUGGACUGGAUUCAACUUUGGCUUUGAUCUACUUGUCACGUAUACAAAUCGCUACAUCAUUUUCAAACGGAACACACUGAAUCAGCCAUGCAGUGGAUCAGUCAGUCUGCAACCACGGCGAAACAUUGCAUUCAGAUUACGUCUAGCCUCUUUUGAUAGCAGUGGAAAACUUAUUUGCAGUAGAACCACAGGAUAUCAGAUCCUGACCCUUGAGAAAGAUCAGGAACAAGUAGUAAUGAACUUGGACAGCAGACUUCUGAUCUUUCCUCUGUAUAUCUGCUGUAACUUCUUAUAUACAUCACCAGAGAAGAAAACUGAGAGUGACGGACUGCUAGAUAACCCAGAAAACUGAGAGACCUGUUUAGUGGAACAUAAUAGCACUUUUAUAACUGUAUGCCUGCUUUAAGUUAAAUGCCCUGCUUACACACACAGCUAUGACAAAUAAACAAAGGCCUUAUACUGUAGCAGAUAAAUAUAUAUGGCUACUUUUUUUAUCCUCAGUAUAUUCCUAUGCAUAUCUGAAAAAAAGAUCUGAAACCACAUAGGCUAAAACUAGUUAUACCAUACAUUUUUUCACUUGUAUUUUCUGUUCUACAUUAGUAGAGAACUGCCAUUCCAAGUUUGUAUGAAAUAUGUUACAAGUUUGUUUGGGGUUUUUGUUGUUGUUUGGGGGGGGCGGCGGGGCAAAAUCUGAGCCUAACUGAUAAAAGUUAACCGUGUGGAUAAAAUUUUACUAACCUCUUUGUAAAAUUCCCAAUUACUCGUUAGAUUUGGGUAAAAAAACCUUUCCAUUACUAACCACUGGGUUGUGCUCUUUGUACCAGAACUGUAAAUAGCAAGCUCCAGAUUCCGCUGACUCCAGUGGCCAUUACACUAGGGCUACGUUUUCCCUUUAAUUUCUUUAUAGUUAUUUAACUGUUGUACAGUUUUUCUGACCCAUUUUAGUUUUUAAGUCUUCCACAUGUCAUAUGUAUAUUUGUUUUUCUUGGGUCUUAGGCCAUUUUUUUAAACUUUGUGGAAAAUAUUUUUUAUCUUCUGUUCCUCAUUUUUUAGUAACAUUAAGAAAAACAUGUCUGAAAAUUUCAGACAAGUUCAUUCAGAAAUGCAUUUUUUUGAUGUACCGAGAAGUCUACAAAGGUGUAUUGUCCACCCUUAUGAGUCUUUCUAUUGACAUAACCACAAUUUUCAGCAAGGAUUCAGUUGACUCCUAAUAUAUUUGUGUAUACCAAAUAUCAGGGUUUUUUUAACUUUUUUGCUUUCUGUAACAUAUUGUUUUAACUUUUCAUUGGGAAUCUGUAUCCCACUUAAGCUCAGGAACUUGUGACCUUUGAGUGCCUUUUUGAGUUAUACAUGCUAACACAAACUUAACAUCAGUUAAGCAAGGUCACAGGAUCCAGAAUAGGAGCUGAGAGCAAGGGAUUCAUUUUCAGGUUGGUGUUUAACUGAUCCAAGUCAAGGAUAAGAUGUACACUCUGUUAGUUUUGUACAUAUUGGUUUUUUUUAUGUUUGUCUAUUGAUGCCUUGAAUUCCUACUUGCAGAUUUAUGGAUGCAAAGCAAGAACUUUGCCUCUUUAGGUAGCCUAUUUUUUUAAUGUUAAUAUUGUCAGAAAAGGAUAGAACCUUUGUACACUGUAACAAGGAUACAAAUAUAUGUUUAGCAAAAUGCCAAAAACAGUGACAACUUGUGAAUAAAUCAUUUAAAGUGAA